AACCAAGUAGAGGAGAAGGGAGACUAAGAAGGUUGAGGGCAAGAGCCAUCCCACUUCAUGUCUAAUCCUGUUCGAAACUACUCCUUUUCACCAUCACCUUUUGUAAGAUCAGUUUGUCAAUAGCGCGCAGAUCGUGAAGACCGUUCGGGGGCUCCAAUUUUUUUGGUACAUUUUCGCACAUAGGCCUGCAGGAAAAGGUUCUGAAAACUCCAAACUGUCCAAAGGGUAAAUAUUCAAUAAAUCUUCCAGCCUCAAUCUUCUGUGGAUUUAUUACUUUCAUCUUUGAUGUUGGAAUAAUGAGACCCCAAAGGACUAAUGUGUGAGCAGAGAACAUAAAGAAAGUUUCACAUGAACAAAUGAAACAUCACCCCACACCUCCUACAGCGGUUCUCAUGACACCAGCUGCAGGACACCUCAACAUGUUUCAGGAGUACCAAAACAAUGCAGUCAUUGUAACCCAUUACAACUUCACAGGGAAGCUUAAAGAGAACAAGUACAAGGAUGGACUAAAACCAGAAGCCAUUGUUUUCCUCAUUAUCUGUUUGCUCAUCGUCCUAGAGAAUUCUGUGGUUCUUGCAGCAAUUUGGAAGAAUAAGAAGUUCCAUCUUCCCAUGUAUUACCUUUUGGGCAACUUGACUUUCUCAGAUCUGCUGGCAGGCUUCACCUACAUGGUGAAUAUUGUAACAUCUGGAGCAAACACAUUGAUGACCCCUAUUCAGUGGUUUAUAAGAGAAGGUGGUGUCUUCAUCACACUAGCUGCCUCCAUCAUCAGCCUAUUGGCCAUUGCUAUUGAACGCCACGUUACCAUGGUGCAGAUGAAGCCAUACCAGGGGAGCAAGCGUGGGCGCAUGUUUGCUCUGAUUGUUGCUAGCUGGGUGCUUUCUGUCUUCCUGGGUGUGCUACCCAUUAUGGGCUGGAACUGCAUAGACAUCUUGGACCAGUGCUCCACCGUCUUGCCACUGUAUUCCAAAAGCUUCAUUCUCUGCUGCAUCACAGUCUUCUCUGCAAUAUUAUUAGCCAUUGUGGUGCUCUAUGUACGUAUCUUCUGCAUUGUAAAGUCAACCACACCACGUUUAGUGUGGGGACCGCAGCGCAAAAGUUCUAUAAGGAAAGCCCAGAAGUACAUGGCUCUGCUAAAAACUGUCACCAUAGUGGUUGGGGUUUUCAUCAUCUGCUGGCUCCCCCUCUUUGUACUCCUUCUUUUGGACUUCUGUUGUCCGGCCCAAAGCUGCCAGGUGCUCUUGAAGGCAGACUACUUUCUGGGUGUUGCUAUGCUUAACUCAUUGUUCAACCCCAUCAUCUACACAUUAACCAGUAAAGACAUGCGAAGGGCCAUCCUGAGGUUGAUCUUUAGCUACUGUCUGCUGACUAAGGAUGGAGAGGUGAAGAGGUUUGGAGUACUUUUCCUGGAGUGCAGCACAAGUAAGACUGAGAUGCCAUCCCAGAAGCUGGAGGGCCUGGAGACCACUGUGACAUCAGGGAACUUUACACCAUCCACAAUCAAAGCUAUUUAUCCCAGAAUGUCAAAGACUUGAAUUUUUAGAAAUUUGUAUCAAGGUAAUUUCAUCAUGGACUGGUAUAGUCAAGUGUGUUUUGACAAGAAGGUGAAGUGUGAGUCAGUUGGCCAGCUCAAACUGUACUGAAAGUGCUUUCUUAUCAUUCAUUAGAGCUUUAAGCAACAUGCACUUAAGACCAAACAAACUGAGAUGGCAGCAAUUUGUGGUGGCUUCAAUGGUGUCCCAUAUGAUUUACUAUCUGCAGCUUUAAAAUAUAUAAAUAUAUAUAAAAUGGGGAGAAAAACAGUUAUACACCUGGCCAGAGGUGAGCACCUAACUGCCUGCAUACCAAGAGUGCACUUACGAGAGCAUCAGUUUCAUCUUCAUGCAAAGAAAGCUGUUCAUCUGUCCCCUUUUCUCGGGACUAACUUCAAAUUUUACAUAAAGCAUAUUUUGUGUUCCAAAACUACCAGAGUAAAUACAUUAAAGAGCAUUAUAAAUUAAUUGUAAGGAUGCUUCAGUAGAGAGUGAGAGUGCAAUGUGGAGAGUGAUAAUUUCAGCGUUAUGUAGUCUUCUGUGUAUACUUGUAAAGAUUUUAGUGUUGUGAAUAAAAUAAAGAAGCAUUUGUUGGUCGAGGUUGUGUUUCAGCUAUUCCUAAUUUAUACUCAUGUGCGUGUGUAAAUAUAUGUACAUUGACAAUAAAGUGAUAUUUUUUUUGUA